GUGACGUCGGCCUCAGCUGACGUUGGAUUUAGUCAAAGUCAAAGGGGAUUUGAUUCUUCUGGACUUGUCGUGGAAUAUAAAAAGCUUAAUCCAAGGAGAUCCUCCAGCUUUAUUGGAGGAAGAUACAGAUUUUUAAUUUGAUUUUGGAAGAGAUGGGUUCGAUGGGGAUGGAAGAGCAUUUCGAAGAUCAGAGGAAGCCGAGAAUUCUGUGUCUUCAUGGCUUUAGAACGAGUGGUGAGAUCAUGAAGAAACAAGUCCACAAGUGGCCGAAAUCGGUUCUAGAAAAGAUGGAUCUUGUCUUCCUCGAUGCACCUUUCCCUGCGGAAGGGAAAUCUGAUCUUGAAGGCGUAUUCGAUCCUCCUUACUACGAAUGGUUUCAAUUCGAGAAAGGUUUCUUGGAGUACAGAAACUUCAAUAAGUGUCUUGCUUACAUCGAAGAGUGUAUAAUCAAGCACGGACCUAUCGAUGGUCUCAUGGGUUUCUCUCAGGGAGCACUUCUCUCCGGUGCUUUGCCAGGUCUGCAGGAAAAGGGGAUGGCUCUGAGGAAGGUCCCGAAGAUAAAGUUUUUGAUAAUAAUUGGAGGAGCGAACGUCAGGGUGGCUUCAGUGGCGGAAAAAGCUUAUUCCUCUCCCAUUGAAUGCCCCUCCCUCCACUUUCUCGGCGAGACAGACUUCUUGAAGCCAAGGGGUAUUAAACUGUUGGAGUCAUUCGUCAACCCCGUAACAAUUUAUCAUCCCAAAGGCCACACAGUGCCCAGGCUUGAUGAGAAUAGCUUGGAGAAGAUGCUGAGCUUCCUAGAGAGGAUUCAAAAUAAGUUGUCUGCUAAUGAGCAUUCCUCUCUCUAUCUCUCUCUGUCUCUCUCUCGAUUGAUGACUUUGGUCUGAAUAUUAUUUGAUUUUUCUCUUUUCUUCUUUGGUUCAAAAGAGAAAAGCUUGGAUUCAAUGUAAGUUUUCUACUGAUAAACCUCCCUACAAAGAAGAAGUAGAGAAGACAGCAGUUUGAGUUUUCUUCUGUCUUUAGAUAACCCAACUAACUGGCUGGGGUACAUAGGCAGGGCCCGCAGGGGUGGGGAGGGGGUGUGGGAUAUGUACAUAUAGGGUUAAUCUCUAUUCUUUGUUAGUUUGCCCGCUCCCCCUUCCUUUUUCUCUUUGGUAGGUGUUUUGUUUUUCUUCUUCUAAAGAUGCAUGUGGCAAAGCUAUCCACUUUAUGAGUAGCUUUUUCAAGGCUUUAUAUGCUUGUAACCAUUGUAUAGCAAAGGGAUUUUCU